CGAGUGUGACGCCGUGCUCGGCUGGCGGCGUGCAUGUGUGCGUGAGCGGGCGAAUGGGUCGGAGUGCGCGCGCGCGAGAUCGCCAUUUUACGUGUUGUUUGGCUUUGGGUGUUCGCAAGCAGUGAACAGGAAGGCUGGCUGGCAGGCAGGCAGACGAGUAGGCAGCUCUGCCUAGUCGUCGUCGUCUCGGUUGUCAGGUGGUCAACAUAGUGCUACGAGAGAUAGUCCCCGCAGACGAGCUCCUGCUGUUGUUGCUGAUAGUGCUGCCAAGAGUCCGUGGUCGUGAGUGCGCAAUCGAUCUGCUUCAAGCGAGUGAGAGAGAUAGAGCGAGGUGAGCGCGAGACAAGAAAGAGAGAGAGAACGUACGCGAAAAGAGGCAGAAAGCGAGCUUGGAAAGGUGAACGAUGCUACUGAAGCAGCGGCUCGCGCUCGACAGCUGCGUCUACAAGUAAAGAAGAGGCUCGUCCAUCUAGAGCUCAGCUCAUCCGAGCCGAAAAGCAGACAAGCAAGCGGAAAUCGAGCUUUUGCGGUCAGCGGCUCCUCCUUUGCUGGUGCAGUGCGAAAAGCCAGCGGUGCAAGUGCGAGUGCGAGUGUGUCGGUCGCGCGGAAGUAGUGAGAAGACGAGGCCCACAGCAGGCGCCGCGAUGCAGCCUAGGUCGCGGCCCCACAAAGGCCGAGCUUUCUAGCAUCAGUUGUAGUCGUUUCUUCGCUGGUGGUCAGGUCGUCGAGGCAGCGGCAGCAAGCGCACAACAAGAGGAGUGCGCGGUGUUUUGUGUGCUCUGAACUGCUCGCUCGCGAGUGGUCGAAGAGACUCGUGUCGGAGCCAGCGGCAUCCCCAACGAUGAGUUCGCGCAACAUACCCUCGGACAAGAUCAACUUGCGCCUCAUCCUCGUCAGCGGCAAGACAAAAGAGUUCCUAUUCAGUCCGAGCGACUCCGCGGGGGACAUUGCCCAUCACGUCUUCGAGAAUUGGCCUGAAGACAAAAUUGCAGAUUGGACGGAAGAGGCGGUGGCCAAGGCGGAAAUCCUGCGGCUGAUAUACCAGGGCCGCUUUUUGCACAGCAACGUCACGCUCGGCGCUCUCGGGCUUCCAUUUGGCAAGACCACGGUGAUGCACCUGGUGCCCCGAGAAAACCUGCCCGAGCCCAACUCUCAAGAUCAGAGGCAGAAGAGCAAAGGCGGCGGAAGCAGUUGCUGCUCGGCGUCCUGCUGCAUUCUGUAAAGAAGAACAAGUCCGAGGACGAAGCGGGACUAGCGAAAUGAAGCGCGACACGCACGAGAGAGAGAGAGAGAGGGAGGGAGGAGACCAUCAGCCGAUUGCCACCUCACACUACGGCAGCUCAUCAUCCCGAGGCAAUGGGACGAUGCAGUACCAGUGCAAUUCCAAUACAGAUCGCAGAACGAAAGAGAGAGUGUAUGAGAGAAAGAGGCGAAGGGGGCGAUCUUGUGAUACGUUCUAACUCGACGAACGAGUCUUCAAAGUGUGUUCUUUAGCGAGAUGUCGGCCCGCUGAUUGUUUCGCUAAGCGCGUACUUAAGAGGCGCGUGCUUCACUGCUCGUUCCUCGCCACAGAUUUUGCGUAAGACCGCGCGAGCGGCAGAAAAAUAGAGACAGGGAGAGAGAGAGAGAGAGAGACACACACGCACGGCAAGUGCAGUUACGACGCGCGUGAGCCUUUUACUUUCGCCUCGCACUUCCGGCUUUCCUCGUCCUCCCCUUCUUGGCAUGCGUUGCCGCUUGUGUGAAGUAAAUCCCGUCCCUAUCUCCUAUUCGCGACACAUACACACACACCCAUACUCAUUUCGCUGAGACCAGAGCCAAUUCUAGCGCGUGUACAUAAUUAUAAACAAAUAUAUAUAAUGCGGAACUAGGCGAAUAAACGGAGCCAUGAGAAUGCAUCAUCUAACAUUUUCGACACUCCGUGCACGAGGACUCAAUUUAAGCAAACUUAGGAAAGCAGGCGUAUGUACUUCCAAUCUAGUUCGCACGCGUCGUAUCGAAAAAUAAAGUUAGACACAUGCAUGGAAAGUAAUUUCAUCCUCGUGUGGCUUUUUCGCCUUCUUGCUUCGCUCGGGUGCAAACCUGCACAUGAGGUUUAAAUCACUUUCUCACACUAGAAUCGAAAUGUACUAUUAUACACUCUCUUUUGCUUUCGACGUGUCAAGGAGCGCGCACGCGCGCGUGGACUUCGGUUGGAAAUAAAUCAUUGUCAAAAACUCUCGCGAGUCGUCGAACAUUGCAAUACUCUCCUUCUCUCUCUCUCUCUCUCUCUCUCUCUCUCUCUCUCUCUCUCUCUCUCUCUCUCUCUCUCUCUCUCUCUCUCU